AUGUCUACCGCAUUGCUUAGAACAAUUCAACCAAACCAUUUCACACUCCUCGGAACUGCAUUGUUAAGAAGAACAAGUAGGAGCAAUAUCUCCGUGAGGUGUAGUGGAAGCCAAGCAACAACAACGACGACCCACGAAGCUAAACAGCCUUCUCAAUCAAGGGUCGCACCGAAAAACCAUGGAAGCAACAAACUUGAUGAGAUUCUGAGAGACUACGAAGCCGUGAUUGGCAUAGAGACUCAUGUGCAGCUCUCGACAUUCACAAAGGCCUUUUGCAGUUGCCCUAACAAUUACGGGUCGGAGCCAAACACGAGCAUCUGCCCCGUUUGUAUGGGUUUGCCUGGAGCUUUGCCUGUUUUGAAUUCGAAAGUUGUUGAAUUUGGUGUUAGAUUGGGUUUAGCUUUGAAUUGCGGUUUGUCUCUGAGUUCCAAAUUCGAUAGGAAGCAGUACUUUUAUCCAGAUCUUCCUAAAGGCUAUCAGAUUUCUCAGUUUGAUAUCCCAAUUGCGUCUGGUGGCUAUGUGGAUGUGGACAUUCCUCUUGAGUUUGGUGGUGGACACAAGAGAUUUGGUGUCACUAGGGUUCAUAUGGAAGAAGAUGCUGGCAAGUUGCUCCAUUCAGACACCGGAGAUUACUCUCAGGUGGAUUUGAAUAGAGCAGGAGUGCCUUUGCUUGAGAUUGUUUCUGAACCUGAUAUGAGAAGUGGUAUAGAAGCUGCUGAAUACGCUGCUGAGAUGCAGAGGAUUGUGAGGUAUUUGGGAGUGAGUAAUGGGAAUAUGCAAGAAGGCUCUCUUCGCUGCGAUGUCAAUGUCUCAAUCCGUCCCAUUGGGCAAGCUGAGUUUGGCACCAAGGUGGAGAUAAAGAAUCUGAAUGCGUUUUCAGCAAUGAGCAGGGCAAUAGACUUUGAGAUAAAAAGACAGGCACUUCUAUACAAUCAGGGGCAAGAAGACCAGAUUGUAACCGAGACUCGGCUUUGGGAAGAAGGAGCUCAGAAAUCAGUGUCAAUGAGGAAAAAGGAAGGGCUUGCUGAUUACCGCUACUUUCCAGAACCAGAUCUUCCAGAAGUGAUCCUCACCCAAGAUUACGUUGACAGCAUCCGUGCUACUUUACCGGAACUACCUGAAGCAAAGCGUAGGAGGUACGAGGCUAUGGGUUUAGGCAUGCAAGAUGUGCUUUUCCUCGCGAAUGAAGCCAGUGUUGCAGAUUAUUUCGAUGCAGUCAUUGGUGAGGGUGCUGAAGUGAAGUUGGCAGCAAACUGGCUAAUGAGCGAUAUUGCGGCUUACUUGAAAAAUGAGGAACUUUCUAUCAAUGAUGUUAAACUUACUCCGAAAGAGUUGGCUGCGCUGAUAGCUGCAAUCAAAGAUGGAACCAUUAGUGGAAAGAUUGGGAAACAGAUACUGUUUGAGCUAUUGGCUAAAGGUGGAACUGUUCAAGGAAUGAUAAAGGCUAAAAACUUGGUUCAGAUAACUGAUCCUGCAGAGAUCGAGAAAAUGGUUUUGAAGGUGAUUGCCGAGAAUCCAAAGCAGCUUGAGCAGUACAGAAAUGGGAAAACAAAGCUUCAAGGCUAUUUUGCUGGCGAGGUUAUGAAGAUGUCAAAAGGAAAGGCAAACCCUCCCUUGCUUAACAAGAUUCUCGUGGAGAAGCUCAAUGCCAAGGACUGA